GUAGGCGGGCGCAGAGCGAGCGAGCGGUGAUGUGAUCGACUGUGUGUUUGUCUGUAGUCUGUCAGUUACGCUGUUUGCACAGUGGCCAGCCGUCAGUGUAGCAUGAGACGGCUAUCUGCCGCUCAGAAACGAUGCCACACAACCUAAAACUCCGGAAAACCCAUUGUUAUCUACUUUUGAAUACGACCCAGGAGGUCGCCUACCCUGACGGGCGCUUAUACAGACCGAAAGGAGGGAGCCAAGACUCAGGGGUAGAUGCAUCACCAGGAGCGAGCGCAGUAUGAAGAAAGCAGGAAGGCCAGUGGGGAAUAAGGCAGCAAGUGGAGGAAGUAAAGGUGACGCAGUGAUAGCUGGAAACUCUGCUGGCAAAAGUGCUGUAAAGAGCCCUACCACAGCUCCGCUCUCCAAGGUCAAAAGUAGUGAUGAUCUUCUAGCUGCUAUGGCUGGGAGCAGUGCAGGGACAAACAGCAGUGCUGCCAAGGGCAAGAAGUCAACCUCUACUCACUCAACGUCCUGUGGAACAAACACUAAUAACCUUGACACAAAGAUCAAGACCUCCUCAGGUCCAUCUGGCAAACGGGCAUCAUCCACGGCCUCCAAGGAGUCGAACUCCUCACGUGAUCGUUUGCGAAACUCAAGAAACUCCAGCAGUAAGAAGCAGUCAUCCACUGGUGCUUCUGAUCGAGCCCAGCCCAGGCAUUCCCGUGGACUGGCCCAAACCUCAGACUCGGAGAGCCGCAUGAGCAAAUCAAAGUCUGACGGACAGCUAAGUGAUAAAGUGGCCCUGGAGGCCAAAGUCAAAAAUCUGUUAGGUCUGGCCAAGAGCAAAGACGUGGAAAUCCUUCAGCUACGGGGUGAGCUGAGGGACAUGAGGGUUCAACUGGGACUGCCCGAGGAAGAGGAGGAGGACGAGAGGCCACCCGAGAGGGAGGCGGCUGCAGUGAUCACAGCUGCAGAUGUGGAGUCGACGUUGCUGCUCCUGCAAGAGCAGAACCAGGCCAUCCGUGGGGAGCUCAACCUGCUUAAGAAUGAAAACCGUAUGCUAAAGGACCGCCUCAAUGCUCUUGGCUUUUCCCUGGAGCAAAGACUGGAUGGGGCUGAGAAAAUCAAUCAAAUCUUUGGCUUUCCCUCCGCCAGUACUGAACUUGCCUCCACUGGAGGUACUGGAGGUCAUGGAGACUGUGCUACUGCGGCCUCCUCUGUGGAGGGAUCCGCACCAGGCUCCAUGGAGGACCUCCUUACGGGAGGCCAGCGAAGUGGCUCAAUGGACAACCUGGACAGCGAGUCCAGUGAGGUCUACCAAGCGGUGACCUCCAGUGACGAUGCUUUGGAUGCUCCGUCAGGCUGCGGCUCCUCAUCGUCCUCUGAGUCUGAAGGUGGCGCUCCAGCAUGUCGCAAUUCCUCUCGGAAGGGGAGCAGCGGAAACACCAGCGAGGUGUCAGUGGCGUGCCUUACAGAGCGCAUUCACCAGAUGGAGGAGAACCAACACAGCACGGCUGAGGAGCUCCAAGCGACUCUACAGGAACUGGGUGACCUGCAACAGAUCACGCAGGAACUAAAUGGUGAAAAUGAACGCCUGGGAGAGGAAAAGGUCCUGCUUAUGGACUCCCUCUGCCAACAGAGUGACAAACUGGAGCACUGUGGCCGUCAGAUCGAGUACUUCUGCUCCCUCCUGGACGAGCACGGCGUGACCUACUCAGUAGACGAAGACAUCAAGAGUGGCCGAUACCUGGAGCUGGAGCAACGCUACGUGGAGCUUGCAGAAAAUGCUAGUUUUGAGCGUGAGCAGCUCUUGGGUGUGCAGCAACAUCUGAGCAAUACUCUAAAAAUGGCUGAGCAGGAUAAUGCAGAGGCUCAGAAUGUGAUCGCAGCACUGAAGGAGCGCAACCAUCACAUGGAGAGACUUCUAGAGGUGGAAAGGCAGGAGCGGGCCGGCAUGGCGGCAGUUCUGGAGGAGUGUAAAGCUGCGGUCAGCAACGACCAGACUGAGCUGAGCCGCUGUCGGGUGUUACUUGAGCAGGAGAGGCAAAAGGUUGCAGAGCUUUACUCCAUCCACAAUGCCGGAGAUAAGAGCGACAUCCACCAGCUCCUGGAAGGGGUUAGACUGGACAAGGAAGAAGCUGAAGCCAAAGCUGCCAAACUACAGGACGAUUUGAGCCAUGCUCGCAAUGAGGUGGCAUGUCUGCAGGACUCCAUGAACAAGCUUGACUCCGAGUACAGGGACUUCCAAAGCGAGGUGCAGAAAGAGUUAGCUGAACAGAAGAGGGCUCUAGAGAAGCAGCGUAAGGACCUGCAGGAAAAGGAGACGGAGAUUGGGGACAUGAAGGAGAGCAUUUUUGAGCUGGAAGAUGAAGUGGAGCAGCACCGAGCCGUCAAACUUCAUGACAACCUCAUCAUCAGCGACCUAGAGAAUUCGAUGAAAAAGCUUCAGGAUCAGAAACAUGACAUGGAGAGAGAGAUAAAGAUACUGCACCGCAAACUCAGGGAAGAGUCUGCAGAGUGGCGUCAGUUCCAGGCAGAUCUGCAGACUGCUGUGGUCAUUGCUAAUGACAUCAAAUCAGAAGCUCAAGAGGAGAUCGGUGACCUACGCCGCCGCCUACAAGAAGCCCAAGAAAAGAACGAGAAGUUGAGCAAAGAACUAGAUGAAGUUAAAAACCGCAAGCAGGACGAGGAGCGUGGACGUGUAUAUAACUACAUGAACGCUGUUGAGAGGGACCUGGCUGCGCUCAGGCAGGGCAUGGGACUGAGUCGACGCCCCUCCACAUCCUCCGAGCCAUCACCCACCGUUAAAACCCUCAUCAAAAGCUUUGACAGUGCCUCACAGGGUCCUGGAGCUAAUGCUAGUGCAGUCGCUGCUGCAGCCGCUGCUGCUGCAAGCACAACUACGAGCGCCCCUUUACCUCGCACACCUCUCAGUCCCAGCCCUAUGAAGACCCCACCUGCUGCUGCUGUCUCACCCAUGCAGAGACACUCCAUAACUGGCUCUAUGGCUGCUGCAAAGCCCCUCUCCUCCCUUACCGACAAAAGACCCAGUUACACAGACAUCAGCAUGCCAGCUGAGCAUCUACUAAGAGCAGCCAACAGCAGCCGUCCCGCUUCAGCUCUUCAGAGAGUCUCAAACAUGGACACGACAAAGACGGUGUCUCGGAGAAGCAGUGAAGAGGCCAAGAGGGAUAUCAGUGCUCCUGAUGGAGGCCCGGCUUCCUCUCUGAUAGCCAUGGGCUCUGCUGCACCUCCUCUGUCCCUGUCCUCUUCUUCUUCCCCCACAGCCUCAGUCAACCCCACAGCACGCAGCCGCCUUCGAGAGGAGCGAAAAGACCCUCUGUCAGCUUUGGCUCGUGAAUAUGGUGGUUCUAAAAGAAAUGCACUGCUGAGGUGGUGUCAGAAGAAAACCGAGGGUUAUCAGAACAUAGACAUCACCAACUUCAGCAGCAGCUGGAAUGAUGGACUGGCCUUCUGCGCUGUCCUUCACACAUACCUGCCUGCUCACAUUCCCUAUCAAGAGCUCGGCAGUCAGGACAAGAGACGAAAUUUCAGCCUGGCCUUCCAAGCAGCAGAAAGUGUGGGAAUCAAGUCCACACUGGACAUCAAUGACAUGGUCCAUACAGAAAGACCAGACUGGCAGAGUGUUAUGACUUACGUCACCUCUAUCUACAAGUAUUUUGAGACCUGAGCACAUGUACUUUUAUGAAUUAUCAAACCAAUGCAACAGAUGAUCACCAACUACCCUGAAUGCAACGUCCCACCAUAUCACCUAAGCCUAAUCCUAGCACAGAGUCAUAUUAAACUGAUCCCAGUUCAGUUACCGUAUGCAGAAAUGGCAUCGAUAUGUCAAAGAAAAUCCUCUACAGUGGAGCCACUAAUGCAGAAUCCAUUUGCCUCAAUAAUGCUUCAACUCACUGUCAAGUGACUUAACACUACAGACUACAUCUAGUUACUAAUUCUUAGUGUGGAUGAUCUGAGACUGUGGAUUUGUAAUCAGUCUUAAGGAACAGCGUGGACCCCCUUGCGACCCCGUGCCUUCCACCACCCUGAGUUCUUGCUUCAAGAUGGAUAUUUGGAGCAAGUUCUUCACCUUAAUUCACAGCCGUGCAACAAUGGAACUCAUUUUUAAAGAGUGAGACAUGUAGAUUGCUCAUAGCAGUGCCUAAUUGAAACACUUAAAUGGAGAAGCAUUUCAGUGGUGGAGAAUAGUACACUUAUAGGAGUUAUUCACUAUAGCACACACUCAGUCAGUGGUUCAACUUUUUUUUUACAGGACUGUUUUGAAAGCUCAUCAGGGCACGUUAUGUUACGACUGUGAUGGAUCUUGGCUUGAAAUACUACAUAUUAAAUAGGGAGGUCAGCAAUAAGCUUAAGUAACCCGUUGAGCCAUUAGUGCUGCUUACCAACAGUAUGAUACUGUAGUAAACACUACAUUCAGAUUAGCAGCACAUGUGCAUGUACUGUCUAUUGUAUUAGUCUGAAAUACUAUACCAAAAAUGAAAUGUCACGAUGUCUUUUCGUUUGUAAGCUAACUUCCUUCUGUACUAAUCAAAUGGUAUAUUCUUUCUCAGGAUAAGAAAGUCUUAUUGGUAUUUAUCAAGAUGAAUAAUCAUAUGCAAGGCGUAAUAUGUUAUGUGCAUUGCUCUACCCAUACCCGCACGUUUUAUUGUUUGCAAAGCACAAAAAUCAAUUUAUAUUCACUAAUUCAAAAUGUAAAUGAAGCUGCAUUCCAGGAUGUAUAUGGAGCGUUUCUGUCUGAGUGAGAAAAAGGACAGUUGUCACACAUAUCCUGUUUUCCAGCUGUGCUGAAUUCAGGCAUUGCUUUCUUUUUCAUGAGUUUGAAAGACUGAUGUUUCCCACCUGUCUGCAAAAAACGCAAUAUAAGACAUAACAAUAAUGAUACAAUAAGAAUUUUUGCAUUGAGUGCAUUGAAAAAAUUGUGAGGUAUGUAUCUCAUUUUCUAAACCCUUUGAUUCUUUUAAUAGAGCUUCUAAUAUUUCCAUUCCUCAGGAAGUAUUUUACAUUGUUUGAAAUCAUUCCUAUUCAAAUUCCAGGGUGUGUAACUAAGCAGCCAUUUAUAGCUCUCGGAACAUCUGAGAGACAAAUCUGCAGUUUCCUUGGUAAGCGUUUAAGAUUUAUUCCAAACUGCAUUUCUGAGCUACUUUACCCUUGGACCACGAUCACAUAAUAAUUAAAAUUAAGUGUCAGAAUAAUCUUUAUAUUUGUCCCAAAUAAAGCCUGACCAAAUGGUAUGCACAUUCAGCUUGAUUUGCUAAACGAGACCUGUUGAGUUGGACCUGCGUUCUGUAUGUUCAAUGUGCUUCAUCCAGCUUUUAUCACAUUAAUAUGAAUAUAAUACUGCUCUGUUGCUUUUUUGAUUGUUAAUGUACACCAGUUUUCAGUUCUUGAAUGCUGAACUUGCUGCCAUUUGUUUAGUUUUUUUAAUCAUUAUGAGAGCAUUAUCUUAAUAAAAUAAAGGGUAAAAUUA